CCACUGCAACUGGUGAAAGUGUGUCUGGGAGUAGCAGGCGACGAACAGGGAACGUGGUGGCAGUUAUCGGUGAGAUAGCAAGUGCUAUCAUCGCCGGUAACCCCCAGUACGAUGACGACAACGACGAUAAACAGCGACAGCAGUGGCGAGAACAACUACGAUGGCGCGUUGCUAUUCGGACUGGGUCCGAUGUCAGCGUUCGAAGCGGCUUUCAACACGACGUUCAACGACAGCGAACUGCUGUUCGCCGAAUGGUUGAGCCUCGACAACGACAAUGCCAGCAACGCCAGUUACGUUCUCGAAAGUGUCUAUCCUUCAGGUUACUCGAUGCCUCAUAUUAUCAUCGCUUCGGUGGUCAUCACUAUACUCAUGAUCGUCAUCGUCGUUGGCAAUAUGCUUGUCAUCAUUGCUAUUAUGACCGAGAAAGCACUGAAGAACAUACAAAAUUGGUUUAUCGCGAGUUUAGCCGUCUCGGACUUCUUUCUCGGACUUGUCAUAAUGCCAUUCUCACUGGCCAACGAGAUAAUGGGCUAUUGGAUAUUCGGCUCGUGGUGGUGUGACAUACACUCGGCGAUGGACGUGUUGUUGUGCACCGCCAGCAUUAUGAAUUUGUGUCUGAUUAGUUUGGACAGGUACUGGAGUAUCACCCAGGCGAUCGAUUAUUUGAAAAAGAGGACCCCGGCAAGAGCCGCUUUUAUGAUCGGUUUCGUCUGGAUCAUGUCCGCGGUCAUAUGUAUACCACCGCUGCUAGGGUGGAAGAGGACACAGCCUAAAGAGAGAUAUCCUACUUGCAAGUUAUCGGAGGACAUCGGCUACGUCGUGUAUUCAGCGCUCGGUAGUUUUUACAUCCCAUCGUGCAUCAUGGUGUUCGUGUACAUUAGAAUCUACUUCGCGGCGAAAGCACGAGCGAGACGUAACAUGAGGAAACCGCCAAGACCAAGGCCAGCAGCAGCACCGCCACCUGAAUCUCCGGACAUAAGACAGACGAGUUUCACGCACACGACAACGGAUACUGAAACACCUGGUGGCACUGCGAGUAACGAUCCCAAUGCUGGCAAGAUACUCGAGAACGUUGCCACCAUCGAGAAUCAACAACCCGUUCAGAUACCCAUCGUUACCUGCGAUUUUGCUAGCGACGUCAGCACCUCUGAAGCUGAUCCUGCUAUCGGUAGCAAUAUACCUCUCGAGGAAAAGGAUACGCUUAAGGUGGCGAUGCCAAUGUCCAUGAAAAAAUCCAGCCUGAAAGCGACCUUAUCUGUGAACGGUGAGGGUCAAUCAGGUUUGCCAUCACGUUGCCGUGCACCAAGCGUUGGUAUAGACGUGGACAUGGUUUCGGAAUUGGAUCCAUCGUCGUCAGACAGCGGGGUAGUGUCGCGUUGCGCGGUGGUAAAGCCAUUGAAGUUGCGCUUUUGCAAGCCAAUCUUCGGUCGCAAAGCGCUGGAGAAGCUGCGCCAGCAGCAGCAGCAGCAGCAACACGGUGGCGGGGUCGAGGCGCAACGCGACAUUAUGAUAGAAAUGAAGCCAAAGCCACCGCGCGAUCCGGAGCGCGAGAAGCGUCGUCUGGCGAGGAAGAAGGAGAAACGUGCGACUUUGAUACUUGGUCUUAUAAUGGGUAGUUUUAUCGCUUGUUGGCUGCCUUUUUUCUUCUUGUACAUCGUCAAGCCGAUGUUUCCCAGCUUUCAAAUACCUGACUACGCAUUCGCUAUCGCUUUCUGGCUUGGCUAUAUGAACUCGGCCCUCAAUCCCGUCAUCUACACGGUGUUCAACAAGGACUUCAGAAGAGCCUUCCGUAGGAUACUCUUCAAAUGAGACGCGCUUCCGCGCAGGAAGCGCUUCCCUGUAUUCUCCUGAUGGCACGCCUAGUGUCUGUAAUAAUCUUUAUAUUAGUGCACAAAAACCAAAAAGUCACACACCAAGAAAAGCAGAUUUUCCGAUGAAAACGACUGAAAACGGAAUUAAAAGAGUCAGCGGUUGUAUAUAUACAUAGCUGGUGAGAUAACAACAAAUUCGAUUAUAGCGGAAGAGGAGGCAUUUCGCAAAUAUAUUUUGGAAAGGAAGAGAGAAAAUCGAGAUUGGACGCCGUCCUGCAAAAGAAAAAGGAAAAAAUUGUGUGCCGCAGCAUAUAGAUUCGGUGCCUUUUUUUCUGUCUUCGAUGAGUGUGACUAUGGGCAAGGAGCGCAAGAUGGUUCCUAUUAUAUCGAAAGAGAGAGAGAGAGAGAGAGAGAGAAAUGUUCGUUGCUUCGACACGAGGAACAAAAAAAGAAGGUAUACAUAAAUAAAAGCGACAACGUAAGAAAAACUUUCAAAACACAUCGAAAAAAUAUCUAACGUAGUCCUUAUACGUGUAUAUUGAUGAUCUGUACAUUGUAAGAUUGAGCGAUUGAGAAUUACGAUGCGUGAAGCUAUAGAUUAACUAGGUAUCAUUUUGAGCGACUGUUUUUCUCUCAUCUUUUACUUUUUCUUAUUGAUAUGCAAAAAAGAUUCUUCUCAGAGGUCUUUUGAGCGAUGGAAAAAACAGAAAAAACCACAAACACAAUAAAAUAUAAAUGCAAAAUAAAAUAUGUCGCAUUUCUUCAAAUUGAUAUUGUAAAGAUAUAUAAUUAAGAAUAAAUAUUUGGACGAACUCGUUAAAUAAUUUAAUACUCUGGACCAAUUGUAGGUAUAUACAUUGACGUGGUUACAUAAUAGCUUUAAAAAAAUCACAAAAAUGUAAUAUGUUGUAUAAAGGAUAAAACCUUGAGCAGCUAUAAGUAAUGCAAACAGCAUAUAAAAAAACAAAAUAAUUAAUCAGCUCUACUAGAAGCCCUUUUAUUUUUUUUUUUGAGAAUGAAGUAAAUAAUAUCAAAAAAUUUUAAUAAUUGCAGAGGGAAGCCAAUAGUAAAAACAAAAAUGGUGAAAUUUUUGCGCAUGAUUAUGUCGUGAUAUUUACACUCUGUAUUUCAAAUCUUGCUUAUGGAAAAAUAUACUCAAUAAUUCUAAAAAAUAAUUGUCAAUAAUGUGAUAUUUUUAUAAAAAAUAAAAAACAACAAUGAAGAAAAUGCAACUGAAACUGUAAUCAAUAGUCAAAAAAUAAUCACCGGUAGACUAUGUUUUAUACUCGUAAUCUUAAGAAAUAAACCACCAUCGAGCAUUAUUAAGGAUUUUAUUAGUGUUCAUUCAUUGUUAACAAAACAAAACAAUAAAAAAAUAAUAAGCCUGUUGUAGGUAACAUGAGUACUAUUAGCUUCCUUUUGGCAAAAAACACUGGCAUCAAGCUAUUCAGGUACAUUGAGCGUUGGAUUAUUUUGCUUUUAGACGAAAUGCUUGGAAUAUCACGUCUAUUUUCAAGAUUCAACGUUAUAUGAUUUUAAGUCUGAUUGGAUUGAUCAAAGGUGAAAAUAAUGAAAGUUGGUAAACGUAAGAAAAGGGAAAGGAAGAGAAUAGAGGAAUGCAAGAUAAAGACUUAAGAGGGACACAGUACGGGAUUCUUGAAUAUUCAUGCGAUCUCUCUUUGGCAAACGAUGAAUAUUUAGGGCAUAGACGAGAUAUAUGGUGCUUUCGCAUAUAUCCUCCGCUGAUCCGUAAGAAAUACAUGGAAAUUCAACAGGCUGGUAUUCACAGGCGAUUAAAACAUUAAUGAUAAUUUAUACAAAUGAGCAUUUGGGAUUGAAUGGAAACCAUGUUUACAGGACUAUAAUUUGGAAUCCUAUGUGAAUAUACAAAAUGAUUGUUAGUUUAUUUCUUAUUUUGUUGUGAAUUGAUGCACGAAUGUCAUGCAGAAUAUUCAAUAUCCGUCGAUUCGGUUACGUAUAUAUUUGAAUGCAUGAAUAUUUUUGUCUUGUAUCGCUCUAUCGGCUCCACGUACCCUGGCUAAAAAGUCAUGUCGCAGUCAUCCCUACAACUGUAAUAUGGCUAUGCUCUUAAAGUUUCACUAACUUAAUUGUUAUUUAACUUCUUGUUGGACACCAGUUUACUCAGUCUAUUAUUUUCGAGUUUCACAGUCAUACUACGAUACUUUUACGAUUUGCCUUGACGACUACUGUUCCCUAUAGUUGCGCAUAGAAAAAAUUUACUUUCGUAAGGAAUGAUAUGACAGGUACAGAAAUCUCACCUCGGUACCUAAUGAAAGACACGUGACAAUUUUUCCUGACAAAAAAAUUCCCAUCCGCAAGUCACGGUCGACAUUUUACCCACUACGCCAGCGAAGCGGCCGAAUGCAUGAAUAUUCACAGGGUUUCGUUUUGUUACAAAAUGACCGUCGAAUGGUAUGAAAUUUCACGGAUCAACGAAUUGCAGUUCAUGCAGAAAUUAUUUAAACAAUGUGCGCAUUUCGCUGUAUGUAAUUUACGAUUCAGUAAAUUUAUAUCUGAUGUAUAAGUAAUAUUAAUGUCAGAUUUCCAGAUGUUUUUUUUUCUUAUAACAUAAAUCAUACUGCGUAAAUUCAAAAGUAGAAAAGCAUUUAUUUGUUCAUCAGAUAUAAUUUUCAUCAUAAAAUAUUUACAUGAAAGUUGAAUUAUCUGCAUUUUAAUGUAUAAUGAGUUUAUCAUAAGUUAUACUGAAAUAAAUUUUUCAAUUAAAGUUAUCGUCGUUGAUUCAGCAUUUCUAUGAAGUUUCAUCGAAAAGUAUGCAAAGAAAGAUAUACAAAUCAGUAUAAUAACCAAAUGGCUUUUUUGAUAUCUGUGAAUUGUAUCAUAAAUGUGAAGUAAGAAGAAAAGAAAAUUCCUGCAUUACUUCAUAUCUUAUAGUUUCUUUUACCUGAUCUUGGUUCUAAGUUCGUCUACUCAUACUAAGAAGGAUAGACAAUGAGAUGCGUGACGUUUUUACCUCCGCCCUCCUUUUAUCUUCAUUCAAGCGGCCACUUCAGAAACUCAUCUGGGGCUCUCUGCAUUAUAGAAGAAGCAAGCUCGUUUGGCUUCUUUUUACCUGGCGCCGCGCGUACUUUUUCCAAUCCUUCGAGAUCUUCUGAAUUUCUUCAAGCGUACAAUCAUAGUAUAUUCCAUUUAUUUCUUUCAAAGAUAAGAAUCCGCUUUAACUAUACCUAUCCUAUUCUAGAUUAUACUAUAAUGCUUUCAAUUCUAUGGCAUUUUAUAUUUUGACAAAAUAUGUACAAUGACUAUUUAUUAAAAUAUAUUAUUUUGUCUUUUUGUUUAAUGAUACAUAGUAUUUUUUAGUAUUUUUUUGAAGAAGUGGUAGAAAAAUUUUUCAUGUUUUUUUUAAAACUUCAGAUAAUUGUCACGCUUGCCAGCUCCAAUUGAUCUGAAGCAAUUUGAGGUGAUUUAAAGUGAAAUUUGAUUCCGGACGACAAACUUUAAAAUUCACGAUGUACGAGCCAACUUUUGCAAGCAUGAUUGUACGGCAACUCUUCCGAAAUAAGAUAUUACUUUUAUAGAAGUUGUUAGAACAUAUAGUUGCAAAUUUUUAUUUGUUAUUCGUUAAUUUUGUUAUCAUCGAAAUACUAACAUGUUAUUUAGUUCAGAAUAAUUAACAUCUAAAAAUCCAAAAAAUGACAAUCUGUUAACGUACAGAGCAUUAUAGAGUAAAACCAUAAUAAUAAUUUUAAAUAUUUUAAUAGCUGUGUGAAUGGAAAAAAUUUAGAAUUGAAUUGUAAAGUUUACUUACGAUAAAAAACAUAAAAACUGAUUAUUCUUUUUCAUAAAGAUCAUUUAUAAAAGUAUGAACAAUAAAUAAUUGCAUUCGUACAUCGAUUAAAAAACGCAGAAUCCAAUACAAGGUUACCGGCGAAUAGAAACAGCAUGUAAAUAAAACAAUGCAUUAAAAGUGUCAUACACUGCGUAUGAAUUUAUUAUUUUUCAAUAAUUGCUGACAAAUAAGACAAAAAAUUUUCUAAAUAUAUAAGUAGAGUCGUGCAAGUAUGAAUGCGUGUAAAUAGAUAAGAAAUGAUAAAAAAGAGUCAUGAUAUAAAUAAAUGCAAAUUAAACAUACGUUGAUCUUACAUGUGUAUAUAUCAAUUAUAAUUACGUAAAACCUAAGAUUCGUAUAUUAAGAUUAUUAUAUAAGUAAGAUGAAAACAUAAAUAUUUAUUAUGUUAUCUAAUGAAAAUAUGUCACAUAAUAAACAUCGAGUUUCUGUAUUAUACACGUAAGACAUUUGCGAGUAUAAACGUGUUUUUCUUAUAAAACAACAUAUGAGUAGUUUAAUAGCAAGCUAAAAAGCUAUUUUCGUUUUUAUUCAACAAUCCAAAACAAAAUUAACGAAACGACUUGAAAGACAAACGGGUAUAAAACAUAAUAUUUCGUUAAUUUCUGAUACUGCAAAUGUGGUACAAAAGCAGACCAAAACAAACAACAAUAUUCAAUCGUUAAUACGCUAAACUACGAAAUUACGAAAAAGAUUGUCCUUGAGCCGAUGUAGAGAAGUGUGGGUUUUGCUUCAAUACGGAUAAAUGUUUUCCUCUAAAAAUAGGAUAAAGUAUAGGAGAAAAAAGAGCUACGCUUUGUUAUUAAUUCACUGACGAUAUUGCGGAAUUGAAUUCAAGCUUUAUGCCGUGCAAUAAUAAAAUCAAAAUGGGUAACUAUACUUUGAAUACCAAAAAGAACGAACAAUACAAGCUAAUCAGACUUAUUGAAUAUGUACAAAAUUCCGAUGCUAUAAAGGAAUUAUAAAAAUUGGUGAAUUGCAAUUACAGAGUACAGGCACUCGAUUGAAGUGCAAUUCGCAAUAAUAGUCUGAUACGUAGACUAGUUCUACCGUAUUUUUAGCGCAAAGUGAUUAUCAACGAAUCAGACUACGUAUUAAUAUUUUAGUUUUUAUUUUUCUUCGAAAUAUAUUCACUAUCACUAAUCAAUAAUUUCAAUGUUCCAUGACUUCCGAAAACACUUUUUUAUUUAUAAACAUACUCUCACGAUUUUCAUACUGAUAAAUUAAGAUGUACAACUUAUCGGCUGCAUAAUUUAGUCUAUGACGUCUACAAGACUAACAAAAUAUAACGAAGUUGUAAUAUCGCACACUACUCUUAAAAUUCGAUUUUUUAAAUAGCUCAAAGUAGCUCUCCGAACAAGUUUUAUUUUCAGGAGACUUCGUCAAAAAAAUGAAUUACUUAAUAAUAUCUACUAUCGAGUAUUUAUUUGCAGAUCAAUCCAAAAAUAAAUCGAAAAAUAUUAUAAUUUAUUUUAUUUAAUUUAAAAUUCACGUGCGUUAUUUAGCAUGAAAUCAAUAAAUUACGUAAAAAGUGCGAAAUUACCACGAGUAUAAACGCAAGUUUUUACUUGCACUAUAAAUCAGAAUGCGUUUAUAAGCACACAUAAAAAAACAGUUUUUUAUUUUUUUCCCUCAAGCCAUAUAUUUUAUAUUCAGCGCCCUUCUUGUUAUCUCGAUACAGCCUGAAAGAGAGAGAGGGUAACUAAUAUACGUCGUCUGUCAAUUAGUGUCGCAAUUUCUCGAUAUCCGAUGGAAUUAGAAACCGAAGUGCAUUUAUUUGGGUCAGAUUUUGAUUCAAGCACAUGAGCUAUGAACCUGAGCAGAUAGAUAGUUUGUCGAUUUUAUAUCCCUCCACAACGAUGGUUUGAUUAAUUUACCACGUUGAAAUUCCCUCGCUCCUUCGAGCGAAAUCCGAAUGAGAUAAAUCUCACGGUACUCUCUCCUGGUUCUAUCUCUCUCUCUCUACACCCUUCCUCUAAGCUGUUUUCGUUCAUUGGGAAAUUGUGUUUGCGCCCAAUUCUCUCUCUCUCUUUCUCUCUCUUUCUCUACAGCUCUUGACUGGUUUGUUAAGGAGUAUCUAAAUUAAUUACCUGCAGUUUCAAGUGUCAAUGAUAAUUUUCCGAUUGACUCACGUAACUAUUUUUUCUUUACAUAUAUCCAGCAUUAACUUUAUAUCAUUAAUUUUUCGAGAAAAUAAAGGAAAUAAGUUAAUAAGGAAAUACAAAUAAUUUAUUCAAAUAUUUUCGAGUGGUUGCUAAAUGAAAGAAAGAAAAAAAUAGUCCCUGAAUAUUAAUCAAAGUAGUGAAUAUAUUUUACGGACAGAAUAAAAAAAUAAUAGUUCAAUUUAUUUACUUAUCAAUAUGAUCUCAGUGUUGUUUUUAUUACUUUGUGAAUGCGUAUUUCGCCAUGGGCUACAUAUAGCAUAGCGUUCGCUGCAUAAUUUAUCAAUUUUAUAUGGCAGCAUGCAAAAAAAUUAUUCUAAAACGUGUAAAUGACGAGGAAAAUCAUAAAUCAUUAAAAUUACUGACUCUCGAGAAAAACAUAAUAUACUUUUCUCUCGAUGACAUUAUUUUUCGUUUGACCGUCUAGUUAUUUAUAUUAUUUUAUUCCUCGUUUGUACUUCAAUGGUAUUUAUUUAACUUUAUCCGCGUCUCUUUGUUCCGUCUUGUAAAGUUUUUUUGCUUUCUUCUUUUAGCGAUAGCUCUCGAUCUCUGUACUUUCAACUUCCCAAACAAAUACUACAAACACGAAAAAUAGUUUAUCAUCGUUUCUCAAAGUUCGCUGUUUACCUCUUAUUUUUCUCUCAUUUAAUUUUGCAACUAUCGAGAUAAUAUAUUGUUCUUUUUCAAAGAAAAGACAAGCAUUUUCAUGCAAACGGCUCUCAUUUGGAGUCGAGCGAGAAAGUAGCGUGAAAAUACUGAAUUUAGCAAGUAGAACAAGAAAAUAUCGGCAUAUGACAUGUCGCUCCAAAAAUUCUCGCUCCGUCCGUAUAUAAGUCACAAGGUCUUAACUUAUACGAAGAGAGUAAGGGAGAGAGAGAACAGCAAAAAGUUAGGGAUUUAAAUUAUUUAUUACUGUGAAUUCAUAUAUUAUAUUCCAAACGGUUAUGGGAAUUAAGAUUUUUAUAUUCGAGAUGCUGCUUCUUAUAUUUGAAACGGCUAGAACGAAACGUUAAUUAAUAGACUAUAGUACUACAUUAUCUUCAAAAUUAUUAAUAGACAGACUAUAUUUAAUCUGAAAAGAAAAUAUUAUUCCAUGAUUAAUUUAAUAUCAUUAAUGCAUUCAGCAUAAUGACAAGGAUUCAGAAUAAAAUCUCUUGUUAUAAGUGAUAUAUACUAUUAUUUUUUCAAACAAUGUCACUGCUUAAAUAAGGAUAUAUUAAUAGUAUUUUUUUCAAUUUUUCAAAGUUGUCUUGCGUUAGUUGUAUGUACGAAGAGUACUGAUGCGUUGUACAGACAUCUAAAUUUAUAAAUGAGAAUGUUAUAAUAUUCUUUUGUACUUGUUUCAUAAAAUAUAAAUUCGGUUUCAUAAUAGAUAUUUAGAGUCUUAUAUCCUUAUAUUCGGUAUACAUUCUAUAAAGAAUUGAUCCUUCGCAAGCACAGAAUGUUACAGUUAAACAUAAAGUAAUACUUUUUAAGUUUUUCUGUUGUCGUUAUUUUCUUUGUUUUUAUUGAGAAAUUAUAUAUACAAAAUUUUUAUUCGAUCACUAAUUAAAUAAGCAUUGAUUUAUUAUUUUUACAAAGUUAAUUGAUUUUGCAAAAAAAAAUCAAAAAUAAUGUGAUUGAAAUGGCAAAACCUUUAAAAAUUAGCCAAAAAGUAAAUGUAAUUUAAGCUACUGAUCAGAAAAAAUUGAACAAUGAUUUAGUUAACGCGCGUUGAAUUUUUGCAACUAAACUAUUUAAAAAGCUUGAACGAAACUAAAGCAUAACAAUUUUUUCUGAUAAUUCAUACAAUCACUAAAAAUGUUAAUUGUCUUGUUACUGCGUGAAUCAAACUGUAAAAUGAUGUUAAUGCUUCGUUCCACAUUGAAACGAUACUUUCAUAAUGUACAUCUGACAAAGAACCUAUAUAAAAGAUAAUACUCAUCUGCUAUAUAAUUUCAUAUCUGAUGAAGAUGGUGAUGAUGUUUCAUACUACAAUAUCCCAUAAUUCAAAAACCGGCAGGUCAUUUUUUUAUAAAAUCGUCUUGAAACAAUUUUAUGUAUAAUUGUACUAUAACAGUUGAGGAAUUUCUAAGUGUAUCUUACAUAUUGUAUAUAUACUGUAAAAAAUGUAUUUUAAAAUCAUGAGGCUCAUAUUCGCAUAUUUCACUGAAAACAAUAAUAAUGAUGAAAUUGUACAUAUAAUAUACUGUAAGAACCUGUAAAAUCUUUAACAAAAUAGGGUUGUAUUCAAAUAUAAGCACCUUAGAAGAGAUAAUAAUCAUAUACACACCUACAAGCAAUCGAUAUUAUUUUUUGAUUUAUCAUUUUUAAUUUUUUGUUGUUUUGGUCCGACAAGUUCGUAAAACGGGUGCUAAGAGUAAUGCAGUUUACAAAAGAGGCAUUUAAUUAAGAAAAAAUGAAAUGGAAAAAUCUUAAUUAUCUCAUAAUAUAAAGAGAUUCACUUGCGCGUGACAACAAAAAAAAAACGAAUAUUCACACUCUACAUUCGCACCCCAAGUGCGACAAAAUAUUAGAGACGGCAAAGGUCAAACUUUUCUAAUGAUAAUAAUGAAAGAAAAUAAUUUAAAAAAUGAAAAUCUCUAUGUGUAUUUUAAGAGAAAAAUACUCUUGACGUAAGCAAUGCACUGUAAGUAGUUGAAAAAUUUUAUUAACGUGUUAAUGUUAUAAAAAGAAAAAAACAAAAGCGACAGUGGAAAAAGUCCCAAUAAAUGUGUAUGAAUAAAGAAUAAAUUGAUGCUACAUUUAUUAUAUUAUAUAAAACUUCCUGCUACAUUAAAAAUGCUUUCGAUUUCAAUUGCAAUGUGGUAUUUCGUUUGAAAAACGAUAUACCACAUUGCACAACUGUCCAAGAUUCGAAUGAUUUGUAUGAGAUCCAUCUUUAUACAAGAGUACUCUAGAUACUGAAAAAACUAUUAUUUCCAGUUCAUUCUAUAAUAUACAUGGUCUAACGAAGUUUUUUCAAUCUUUUGAAAUAUUUGCAAAAAAUAUAAGAAAAAAGAAAUUUUACAAUCAACUGUUCUAAUAUUUCAAUUACAUGCGUAAUACUCGGCGAUAAAAAUCCGAAACACAUACUGUAUUUAUGUAUUUUCCAUUAUGAAAAGUAAUAUAAAUAAAUAAAUAUAUAUAUAAAUAUUUAUAUAUAUACAUAUAUAAAUAUGAUACAUGAUACGUUUGACGAUGUGCGACAAAAACAAUUUACAUAGCGUUUUUUU